UAGCAACAUGCAGAGCAAAUAUUUAGUUUCAAUUCCUUAUUCGAGACAUUCACAGCACUUGAAAAUGGGCAAAUGUCGAACUGCCAAACAGACCCGUAAGAGGCCAACAUCCGCUCAGCAAAAUAUAGAUCACAUAGCUAGAUUGGAAACUCUAAUCAAGGAGAAAGAUCAACUCGUUGACGAAUUGAUGGCUCUCACUGAGCAGCCAUGUAAGAAAAAUGAUGAUGAGCAAGACUCAACGCAGUUCUUUGAGACAAAUUUGAAUAACAUAAUAGAUAUUGGCAUCAAGCUAAGCAUAAAGCUGACCGAGAUAACUUCACAUAUGGAAAAACGUAUGCAAACCAUAAAAUCCAUGCAGGACCAAUUGGAGGAGAUGCACAAGGACUCAUAUCGUAAAACCUGUACGGUAUGCCUCUCCGAGACGAGUUUCCUUGGUAAACACCGUCUCGUCUGUCUGCCCUGUGGCCACAUCUAUGGCAAGAAUUGCAUUGUCCAUUGGCUGGAGCAGCAAAAGAAUUGCCCCCAAUGCCGAAAACCAAGCCGAGUUAAUCAAGUGGCAGAAAGUCGGCACUUUAGGGUUAACAGAAAUGAAAAAGGAGAAUCGAAACCAGAUAGCAAAAUUUGAAAGACUGAGAGACACUGGAGGCAAUUGAAAUUGCCAAAGUAAACGAAUGAUUUUCAAAAACGAAGCCGUGUUGUGUGUAAAAUGCCUUCUAGUUCAAUCAAUCAAUAAACGUACAAAACGCGUA